AAUCGAGGACCGAAUACCGUGUCAUACACACGCGCGCCCUACACGUCCCGUCCUACGUUCAAAGGACCGAAUCAUCAUCACCAACAAACUGCAACAGCAAUAAGCAACAAACUCUCCGACAACCUCAUCCCAAGCCACAAGCAGCAAUAGACGAAAGCCGAAGCACCCGACGAGCAGGAGGAAGAGGAAGAGCCGAAAGCUGGAGGAACCGAGCGGAAGAGUAACGAGGAAGUGCCCGCGGGAGCUGUGACGGAGAGUCGAGCCGCCGCGAGAUCGACCGAUCAGCGCACACGCUCUCGGAAAUUCGAAUUUCCCGCCCCCGAGCGACUCGUCGGCGGAAAAAGUGCUGCCACCGCCGCCGCCGACGCCGACGCCGACGCCGCGCAGGAGAAGAGAGACAGAGACGGAGCGUCUAGGAGUGUCUCCGCGAGUGUGUGCGUGUGUGCGUGAGCGUGCGCUCGGCCGCCGCGUUGCUGUGUGAGUGCGAGCCGAGCCGAGCCGAGCCGAGAGACAGAGACAGAGAGAGAGAGGCGCUCUCUUUCGCUCUCUCUCUCUUACCGGGGCUGAAAGAGCGGCUCCUCGGCUGUGCUUUUAGUCUACCUCGGAGCGUGUCGCGGGCGCUUAUAGCACAGAGAGAGAGAGAGAGGCGGUUUAACGGCCAGACUCCCCCCCCGUUACAACUCACACACACACACAUCCCGGUUUCCAUUUUUUUCAAAAUUUCCGACAAACUCUUUUCCCUCUUUCGUUUUUCCGCGCCGUGUGCCCGCCACCGGUCGUCUUCCAACCAGCUUUUGGAUUUUCCCUCUGCCGACACAGCCGCUCGUAGUCGAGGAACUCGAUAAUACAACAGUGGCAUACAUACGCUAGUACCUGCUCUCAAGACAAGCUGUCGUGUGUCUCAAGUCAACGCAAUUCAACAAUCAAUUCUGUGGUGCGUGGUUAUCGUGUGAACUCGGGUGUUACAUUCGGAGAAACAAAGAUAUAUAUAUAUAUAUAUAUAAAGUUUAUAUAUAUACACAUAUAUGAGUAUAUACACGUGUAGAUUAUAUAUAUAAAUUAUCGAACAGUGUGCAACGCAACGAGCGGAAGAGGAGAGCGAAGUGCGAGAAAUUUUAACCAGAGAGAUUUAAAUCAAGUUCGUCGCGCGUGCAGAGCGCCGCGAUUGUUGUAACAGAUUUUUAUUGUAAUUAUUUACGAGCGCCUACGGCCAAAGUGUUCGUCGGCAGUGUGAGAAGCAGAUUAGUAGUAGAUCUACUCAUUCGGCGCCAGUGACGAUAAUCGAUCGGCAGUAGCAUGGAGAAGUACGGAGAGACCGGACAGCUGCAGAAGGAAAUGGAGCGACUGGAGAUCGAGGAGAAGAACGGCGACGGAUUGAGCGGCGGCUCCGGGGCGAAGAUCCUGGUGGGCAAUCUGCCGGCCCACGUCAGAAUCGAGGAUAUCGAGCAGCUCUUGUCGAACUACGGACAGAUUCAAAACUUUGAGAAGGCGACGUCGCGCGACCCUAGCACCCAAGCCUUCCUCGUCAGCUAUGAGACGCCGGACCAGGCCCAGCAGGCCGCCGGCCAGCUGAACGGCUACGAGUACGAGGGUAACCCGCUGAAGGUGGAGAUGUCGACGGCGGAGAGUCGACGCCGGGGCCGCAGUCAGCGCGGCGGCGUGGCCUUCUCGGGCCUGCCGGGCGCCGGCCGCCAGACGGACUUCCCGCUGCGCAUCCUCGUGCAGAGCGACAUGGUCGGCGCGAUAAUCGGCCGGCAGGGCUCGACCAUCCGGCAGAUCACCCAGAUGACGCGCGCCCGCGUGGACGUGCACCGCAAGGACAACCUCGGCUCGCUCGAGAAGGCCAUCACGAUCUACGGCAACCCGGAGAACUGCACCAACGCCUGCAAGAAGAUCCUCGAGGUGAUGCACCAGGAGGCGAGCAACACGAACAAGGGGUCAGUUGACGACGAGGGCGGCAGCGCCUCCGCUGGUAGCGCUGCCAACGCUGCCAACGCUGAACAGCAGCAGCAGCAGCAGCAGCAGCAGCAGCAGGAGCACGAGGACGGCGGCGGCGCUGCCGGUCGCAAGGAGCGCCAGCAGCAGCAAACCACUGACGACAUUGUUGGCUCUUCCAGCGAGAUCACCCUCAAGAUCCUAGCGCACAACAACCUCAUCGGCCGCAUUAUCGGCAAGGGCGGCAACACCAUCAAGAGGAUCAUGCAGGACACCGACACCAAGAUCACCGUCAGCAGCAUCAACGACAUCAACAGCUUCAACCUCGAGCGCAUCAUCACGGUCAAGGGCAGCAUCGAGAACAUGAGCAAGGCCGAGGCCAUGAUCUCGAACAAGCUGCGCCAGAGCUACGAGAACGACCUGCAGGCCAUGGCGCCCCAGAGCAUGAUGUUCCCGGGCCUGCACCCGAUGGCCAUGAUGUCGACGGCCAGCAUGGGCUACAAUUCGCGGGGACCGGCCCUCUACGGCACCGGUCCGGCGCCCUACCCUUACCAGAGCAACCUGACCCCCCAGCAGGGCGUGCUGACGAGCGAUGCCCAGGAGACGACCUUUCUCUACAUACCCAACAACAGCGUGGGCGCCAUCAUCGGCACCAAGGGCUCGCACAUCAGGAACAUCAUCAGGUUCUCGGGCGCGAGCGUCAAGAUUGCGCCCCUAGAGUCGGACAAGCCGGCCGAGCAGCAGACCGAGAGGAAGGUCACCAUCGUCGGCUCGCCCGAGUCCCAGUGGAAGGCUCAAUACUUGAUCUUCGAGAAGAUGCGGGAGGAGGGCUUCGUCUCCGGCACCGAAGACGUCAGGCUGACAGUUGAGAUUCUCGUGCCCUCGGCCCAGGUCGGCCGAAUAAUUGGCAAAGGCGGUCAAAACGUCCGAGAACUCCAGCGCGUCACCGGUAGCGUCAUCAAGCUCUCGGAGCAGCAGGCUACGCCGCCCACCGCCGACGAGGAGACCACCGUCCACAUAAUCGGUCCCUUCUUCUCCGUGCAGUCGGCGCAGCGCAGGAUCCGCGCAAUGGUCGUGCAGCCAGGCGCGGGCGGACCCGGCAGCGUGACCGGCAUCCCCGGAAUGCCCGGCCAGGGCCUCCCCGGCGGUCCACGAUCGGGCCGCGGCAGCAGCCAGGAGGGCGGCGUGCGCUCGCGGCGCGACGGCAGUGCCACCUCCCAGCCCGGCGGCUGCACGACGCCCCAGCAGCAGCAGCAGUCCAGCCACUCGUCGCCCUCCUCGCAGCCGUCCCAGCCCCAACAGCAACAAAGCCAGUAACAAGACCCUGCCGCAACCACUCCCAACGAGCCAGCCAACCUCACGACGAUGAUGAUGAUGAUACCGCGAUUCGCCUAGAUUCGUAAAGCUAAAGAGCGUUAACGGGCCUCUCGCCACCUUCUUUCGCGGGGCCCACAUUUUCUACAUUAGAUAUAUAUAUAUAUAUAUUUACACACGCACGCGAUCGUCCAGAGCUGCUCUCCGCGAGAGGCGCCGCGCAACAACAGAGCGCACUCUCGCCGGGGACCGCAGCCGAACCUCGGCCGGGGACAUCAUCCCCUUUGUUUUACUUGCACUCUCCGCCAUCAACAACAGCAACGCAGCAGCGACAACAUUAGCAACCUCUAGCCUUCAUUGCUACACUUGGGCCGGGGUCGGUGGUUUCAAAAAGAAGACACGAGCUACGCUAAAACUACAUGGACGACGGUGAAGAUUUAUGUAUGUUGAUGAUGACGAUGAUGCACAACCUUAUUACCUCAUUCAUUACGGUUAAAGAUUUAAAAUAAUGAUGAUACGAUGAUUGAUGGAGCGUGAAACAAGAUCGUGCAGGAUUAAGCUAUAGCUCUAAUAUUAAUGUGUUAUAAUAUUGUACGAGAGGUUGAGUGACGGUUACGCAAUUUUACGUUUAUUAUAUUCAAAAGGAAAAACUGUUAUUGUCACACAGACUAUUACUACUACUACUACUGCUGCUACUACUACUACUAUUAUUACGCUACGCUACUCUGCUAUUAUUGCUAUAUGAUAUCGCUUCGAUGUGUGCAGAGAAAGAGCGAGAAAGUACGAAACUCUGCACCCCAGCAUGCAGCAAGGGAAGAUCCCGACACGAAACUCAACAAGAGAAACACAAACGGAAAACAUAAGAAGAAACUGCCAAUCGAUCACCGCCAUCAGUUUAUAUUAUUAAGAUAUACACCGAUUUUUACAUAUAUACGAAUCCAGAUUGCAAACAAGCAAAACAAGGCGAAAGCAGAGCACCACUUCGGCUCGAUUGCAACCGUAAGGAAUAGCAAAAAGAAAUACCAGAAGAAAGAAAUUCAAGAAGAAGACACAGAAAACCGCACGCCACGUUUUUCCAGAGACUCCAAGACAACAGCGUAGAAUACCAGAAGAUUUUACGAGAAGAAUUUUGCGAAAACAAAGGGGGCGGAAGGACGAGGCUCCGGCGAGGACACACGAAGACAGAGCGAGAGAGUGUAAGAGGAAAUUCGGCAGCGCCGAGCCUCGCGCCGUAAUACCAAAGAAGCGGUUAUGAAGUUUUUUUUUCGUAUUAGUGAAGUUCCUUGCGAAAACUCGAUUGAGAUCGUAGAAGUGGACGAGAGAAGGGAUUGUAAAAUGAGUGAACGGACGUUCGAAAAUGGACGACUGAGCGAAGGAGAGAAAGAGAUCGAGUGACGUUUGUGGAUUCGAUUAUAUAGAUUUAGUUGAGUCGAGUCACGGAGAUGAUUGAAGUCAGUUCAGGGAUUUUUACUUUACCAUGAAUGUAAUGAUGAUGCGUGAGUGUGAACGUGUGUUGAGACAAAUUUAAAUACUAUUAAUUGAUAAGUCAUUAAUUAUCGAUUAAGGUUGGCGCGAUAACAAAGGGCAUGAAAUAUAUAGAGACCUCGAGGAAACUUAGUCUUAUAGGAACUGUACCUUAUUAUCGAUAUAGUACUGAAACGUUGACAUUGGGCUCAGAUCAGAACAGACAAACAAACAAAAACAAAAAAAAAACGAAAAACAACCAACCAUUCAGAGUAACUCUACUAGUAGUUGCAACGCGGUGCAGCGCCGCGCGGGUCUCGUCGCCCGAUCGCCGAGAGGUUGCCCUCGGCAGUCGCGGCUCGCGAGGCCGCGCGGCCCACCGCGCGAAAUCUUCGGCCACCUCGAUACCGACCGGUAGCGAGUCGCCGAAGCGCCAUAUCGGACUGACCAAACCCACACACCCACACACAACAGGCCGUGACCCAGCCCCCGCCCUCCGAGAAUCGACGACUGAAAAAUCGUAUUAUUUUUAAGCUCAAAGUUUAUACUUACGAUGAUAAUAUAUAGUCGAUACUCUCGACGGCGCGCGCGCACUCACGGCCUGCUGCUGCUGAUGCUUCCAUCACUCGAACACGAAAACACUUCCCGCGAGGCUUCCUCUGCAAGAGGAGCCGGCCCGGAAGCACGAGGCCGCCCUUUUCUUCAUUGUAGGAAGUUCAGCAAGUCGCUCGUUGACUUGACUGCGGCGGCGGCGGCGGCGGCGGCGGCGCUCGGUGUAUGCAUUUAGUACAAAACACGAUGUAGAGAGAAAGAUAUACACGAGAGUUUAUGAAACUAGCAAGGAAUGGGAGAGGACGGUGCUCUUGCGCUCUUUUUCUCUUGCGGAAUUCUGUGUAUAUUUAAAAAUAUAUAAUCGAAAGGCCGAUAGAAGGGGACGUAGGGAACGAAAGGCAAAGAGAGAAAGAGCGGGAGUAGACAAAGAGCUAAGAGUAUAAGUUUAUUUUUGAUACAUUGUUGGAAAGAUCUGAGUGGAAUCUUUCUUUUCGAUUUUUUGUUAGAUGUUUUUUAAUAACUUAAUGAAUUUUAACGAUAUUAGAGGGAUAGACCGGGCGCGCGACGCGUGAAUUUCUUCUGUGUGCGAGUGAGUCCGAGAGAGCAGAGCGAGAGUGCGCAUUAAUUUUUUUUACGUAUAUAGAUUAUAAAUACGCUUGAGCGAGAGAGUAUUAUAGGUAUACGUGCACGAGUGAGUGACCGCGAGUGGGAGACGCUGGAAUCGGCGCUCGUCGGCCAGUUUUUUGCACUGCGCCGACCGCUGCGCCGCGGGUAAGAGUGGGCUUUUUGCAGUUGGAUAUGAAAAUUGUAUAAUAUAAUUAAUAUAUUUCGACGAUGUGGUGGGCCGCGAGGCCGCGGACGAGCGUAUCACGCAAAGUAAUGUAUUGUGAUGUAAUUAUUAUAAUUUUUUUUUUUAUUAACUAAAAUACAGAGAAGAGUAGAGUCGAUCUUUCGCGUGCGCGUCUUCGUCUUCGGCCUCGGCUUGCCGAAUUAUUUAUCAAGCGUAUAUAUUUAAAGACACAUUAACGGCGAGGACGAAAGGCAAGCGAUUGUGGAGAUACGUAAGCAAGAGUUUAAGAGCCACGAGAAAAUUGAAAAAACGAGACAAAAAAAAGUACAUUGAUAAAUGAAAGUGCCAAGGGAUUAAGGAGAAACACAAAAAGCCGAAAUUUCGCCGUCGAGGACACCGUAUCCUAUUAUGAAAUACAUAGUAUAUCAAGACUCGAUGCGCAAGAACAUAUCUCACAAGCUCCGUGCACACAGCGAGUGGAGGCAGAUCAGAAAACAGGGCAUUGUCAUGCUAUCCGGUGAACGCGAACCAAUGGAAAAUACUUGACGCUGAAGAGAAGAAAGAGAGCAAGCAGUUUUUUCAUUCGCCCACCCCCACAUUAAAAAGCAGAAGAAGAAAUAGCGGAAGAGAGGAAAAGACGAGAGCAACUUGUAUCAUUCCCGUCCCCCACACACCCUUUCGGACCUGAGUCUUUCAGAAGCAGAUCCACGAAGAAAGCGAAAACGCUGAGAAAAGCCAGCAGCAUCGGCUCGAAAGAAGCAAUACACGAAAAAAACGAUACAAAUAAAAACAAUGCACAGCGCAUGUUCCGACCAAUUAUCCAACGUGCUCGUUCGUUCGUCGCGUUCGACAAUUUCUUUUUCCUCGAAAAGUUUAGGCGAGUGCAAGCCAAUAUUAAGCGAAGAUUCGCGGGUACGAGAGAGAUAGAGAGAUAGAGAGAGAGAGAGAGAGAGAGAGAGAGAGAGAGAGAGAGAGAAAUGCUUGUACUUUUGGCAGAAGCAGGAGUUGAAAAAAAUUUUCGAAGUCUCAUCGACGCAAGCGCCACGAAGAGACGAUGGAUCGACAAGCAGAAAAAGCAAAGAAAUUGCCGCAGAAAAAUCCCAAAAGCACGCUCGAGACGAUGAUAAUAUAGAUAAAAGUUUAAAUGUACAAAUUAAAGAGAGAGAGAGAGAGAGAAUUAAUAAUAAUUAGAUUGCGUCGCGUGGAGAUAGAGAAAAAACAUAAAAACAAAAAAGAAUUAUUAAUAUAGUAACUUAAAAGAAGAUGUGCGGAAGAGGGAGAGCGAGUCUUUAAAGUUAUAGAUGAUUCUAAAAGAAAUAUAAAGAAAAUUUUAAUUGAAAACGCGGUCGGGGAUUUGCCGCUGUAAAACGAAUGUACAAAAUCGGUUAACCUCUAAAUCGUAAAUGUUAGUUUAUUUAAAAAAGAAAGAAAGGUAUUUAAAAAUUCUCGAGACGGCUGCAGCAGCGCCAUCGCGUCUUUUGAUAGGGAAAGGAAUAUCGAUGUUUAUUGUAAUAAUAUUUUUCAAAUUCUCAAAGAGGAAAUAAAUCAUUUUCGGAGCGGGGUGACUUCGGGCGCAAAUCAAUCAAAUCCAUCAUCAAUGCACUUACGAAAUCCCGAGAGCUCAAAGCAAAAGGAAAAGAGAUGAUCAUCAAAAAUUUCGAGAUAAGAAGUACAGAACAGAACGAGCAUCGACGCGUCUAACGCGUAACAGCUACGCGAUUCGCGAUCAAAACCACCUGGAAAUAAAACAAAGUAACAGGAACAAGAGAGAAAUCGGAAGUCAUUUUCACUGCGAAACGACCCCGAGGUUUCGACUUCUGGCGUCGCUGAAAGCAAAAGCAAAAAACCCAGGUACUCCAGUGCUUCGAUGGCAGCACACAGUCGCAGCAAUCAUCGCGGGACAGACGAGGAAACACGCGAAAAAUGAACUUUGCCACAUUCACACACACACACACACACACACGCGCGCGCGCGCGCGUGCACACAAACACACUCGGUCACACGUACACAAGUAUGAAAUGAGCAGGCAGCAGAAGAUGUGAACAAAAGUUACCUUUUUCGCGCGAAGUCGAAGCGGGAGGAGAAUUUUCUGGAUAAUUUUCAACUCUCCGCGGACCACGCACUGUCAACAAAAAUGGUUGCUAAUCUUAAGAAAAAUCUAGCGAUAGGAAUAACCGUUUUCUUCAUUAUUGAUAUGAUAACUAUUAAUUAAUUGAUAAUAUUUGGGCUUUAGUGUUAGUGAUUUAUUUUCCUUUUCCGGAUCGAGAGGCUGACGGAGGGAAAAGGAAAACGCGGCGAUGUGCGAUGACGCGCUACGAUCAGGGUAGUAUAGACGAAUAUCGUAUAUCUUAACUGUCGCUCCCGGCCGUCCAGUGAACUGCCAAUGGACCUGCUGCGAUGAAGAAUCGUCUCAAGAGCAACAAAGUCGUUCGAUUAUUCUAUUAAUGUUGUUGAUCACUAUUGACGGGUUCAAUACAAUGAUUUUAAAUUAAAAUGAAAACGAAGCAAAUCCAUCGGCAAUUGAUCGCGGCGGCGCCUCGCGAGCGACAUCGAGGGCCUUAUGAAGCACACAGUUGGGCAUUGUUGUUACGUAAGAGAAGUGGUACGGUUCAAGUGAUAUAAUCGGUAAACAGAUAAUAUAUUGAAUAUGCGAGUAAAAAAAGCAAUGACUAACAAAAAGAAUACAUUGCGGAGGUGCGUCGAAGUCUCGCGAGUACGCGUAGUGUGCGCAGCGGGAUCGCGAGUCAGAGCCGGAUAAGAACCAAGGAAUUCUGUUUCUCAAGGUUUCCGCUGCCCCUGCUCUUCGUACUGGCGAGGCUCGCCGAGCACACCGGUAGUGCAUUAGUAUAUUAUCUUGUAUGUAAUUGUUGCCGACGAAUGGGCAUUAUCGGGAAACCGCGCGGGUAUGUAAUAACUUUAUUCUUUACUACAAGCACCCACUUUUGUAAAUAUUUAUAUAUAUAUAUAUAUAUAUAUAUAUAUAUAUAUAUAUAUAUUUAUUUAUAUAUAUACAUAUACAGACAGACAUUUAAAUAGUUAAAGUUAUAAUAGUAAUUAUUAAAGGUGAAUUAGACGGUUUAAGAAGAAUAAACACCUCUGAAUCGGAUGUGCGUUAUCCAGUGUGUACGAUGUUAUUGAUGCAAAAACACUAGUAAACGUUCGCGAGAUACCGUAAAGGAGAACGGAGAAGAAAAAAAUGCCGCCGAGGGGCAGAAACAGUUGAAACUCGAGGAGCCCUGGCGACUAUUCUCGCUCAAUGAAAGAUGCAUCCGACGAAGAAGAGAAUCGAGGAGACAAUUGGCAGCCGUCAGCGCAAUCAUUAAUACUAAAACCCAAAAUUUUUCGUUUGCUCUAUCGCAGAAGAGCCGCUGGUUCACAAAAUUGCCAGUGAGAGAGAGAAAUAGAGAGAGAGAGAGAGAGAGAGAGAGAGAGAGAGAGAGAGAGAGAAAGCGCGAGAAGCUGCAGUGAGAGAAUGAAUUUCCCUUCCGCUCGACGAAAGAUGUGAAACAGGCAAGCAUGCAUUCAGAAAACCAGGCAGAGUACGAAAACUCUCGUCGAAGACAGAUGAUGCAAAAGGUACUUGGAGAAAUCAUACAAACAAUAAUGGGAUCCAAUUGCCGCAGAUCAGGGAAGUCAAAACUUUAUAGAAAGAUUAAAAAAACCUAAAGCUAUAUAUUAUAGAAGAAAAAGAUUAAACUCAAUUAUAUAUAUAUGUAUAUGUCUACGAAUGAUGAUGAGUAAAGAGAAAAAAAUGAAACAAAAGAUAGGACGUUUGCGCGCAGACCCAGUACGACGCUGGGCCAAUGCCCGAAUUCACACCGAACAUAGAUCAAAAGAAAUGUGUAAAUGAACACACGGUUGCAUGCAUAAAGGUAAAGAAAAAAAAGUAAUAGUCGAUAGCAGGGAUCGACACGACGUCGAUCCGCCACUUAAUCGUUUAUUGAUACUUGUAAUAAUUCAAGCUUAAGAAUUUGUUUUUUUUUCUUUUUUUUAUAAUAGAAGUUCGCACCGCCGGCGGAGACAACCUCCGCUGAGCUUGCAUUUGCUUCGCACUUGCUAUGUUUUUUUUUUUUAAAGUAUAAUCUUCUUUUCGCCCCGGGACUCGUACACGAGGUACAGGGAUCGAGACACGCAAAACAGCGGGAGAGUGAGAGGAUACGUUUGCUCGGCGAGUCCCAAUAAUACGAUAAUCUUCACCAUAAUUUUUUUUUGUUCUACUUUAGUUAAAAUACUUUAUAAUCACUACUAUUCUACACAUAAAUUUCCUCUACUAUAUAACCUACCCACUACUACUAUUAAUGUUUCUGGUACUACUACCUACUAUUAACUACUAGUUUUUUUGUAUCUUCGAUGAUGAUUGCUGAUUUGCUACUUCGAGAGAUUCACGCAUAGACCUUGAAACAUUCGUUGAUGUUGUAUUACUUCAUUACACAUAUAUAUAUAUAGUUAAUUCGUAAUUGAUUUCCUAAUUGCUUUUAGACCAGUUUCAUCGAUUUGAAGAGAAACUUCGCGUAUAUUGCCCCCCCCCCCCCGCCCCCAUACAUGAUUCCGUGGAGCAACACUUUAACACUUUUUUCUCUUGCAAUUCAAAAAUCACAUCAUACGCCGCGGUAUAAGUAAUAGAAUAUGAUUCGAGGAAUGAGGAAAAAGAGAGAGAAAGCUUCAAAAUUUAAUCCCGACAGAAAACUUCAUCUUUGGCUGUUUCGCGCGUCUUUUCUCAAUCGUGAAAAGAGAAGAGAGUAGAGACCGAGAGACAAAAACUUCUCUUUCUUUUUCAAAAAUCGCUUCUUAUUCGAUGUACCCUUUCUAAUGAUACGAAGUUUAUUGAAAAUCAAGGCGCGCCAGGCACAUUGGAACAUUUUCGGCGAAAUCUUGAAGAAAUAUAUACGGUGUUUCUUUUUUUUAGUGGAUAAUGUUUAAAGGUUUACUAAAUACAUAUUACAUAUACGGAUAAUCAUUAUUAAGUACAAGAAAACAUAGGAAAUAACGUACAUAGGCAUUAAGGCACUGAAAAAUAGUAGGCGGCUUCCCUCCAGAUGCAAAAUUACCCUUCAAAAAGGCGCGUGCACGAGUCCGCUGUAGAGACACUCUUUGCUGGCAACAAAAACACAAGAAUCCUUCGGACACCGCAACGAUCGAUUUCAAGGGGAAAAAUUUUUCGAAUCAAAAGAGUAUGAUGUGAAAAAAAGUCUAGAAAAAAAUUAGCUUGAGCUCACUGUUUUUGGCAAAAAGAGAAAAAAUUAAAGUAACGACAAUUGCUAUUCUGGCUGGUCUUCUGGAGGGACAGCUCCCACUAAAGUUUGGUUUUAAAAUUUAGUAACGCGAAACGUGAGGAAUUGCCCGAUGCUAUUGAAAAAAAAGACAUUCUUGUAUCCAAAAGUUUUAUUCUACACACAAGAGGUAGAGAGCAAAAAGAAAAGGAAAGACGAGUAGCUAGGCGAGGUCCGUUAUAUUUUUUGGGGAAUAAAAUCGAGAAAAAAAUGCGAUUCAAAUACAUAGAAAUCAGCACGCUUUCCAUUAUUUUCGGCUAUCUGAGAGGAGACACCUUGGACGAAAAGUCAUGAGUCGCACGUACAUACACACACACACACACGCGCGUAUAUCUAUAGAAUAUAAACCGUUUCCCCUUACCCAGCAGUCCUUUCUCACAUACCCACACAGACACGUACACGGACACGAGCAACAAACAAUGAUACACAUACCCACAUAUUCUAUAUGAUAAACUUCCAAACUGUAUGAAACUAUAUCUCAUACGACAAGCAUGAACGCCAUAUACUUUCUCAUUGAAAAGAAAUGGAUGGAACUUGUGGAGAAUAGGAAGAUGAAAGGGGAAUCAGAUUAGAUGGAGUAUACGUGCGCGAGAGAGCGAGACAAAGAGUGCGUAUGUUUGCGUAUAUGUGAUGAUGCAAGAGAGUGAUAAUUAAUUGGGAACCAGACGUAAGUGAAACGUGAAAGGCAUUAAAUGUACCUUCGUAAAAAACAUAGUAAUUAUUAAGAAAUAUUGACAGUCUUUCUUCUAUACACCGUUAAUUAUAUUACAGUUACAGCAAAUCAUAAGUGCAAUAGUUGUUACAAUAGACACGGAUUUUUACAUUAUUAAACGAUAAUAGCGAUGAUGAAGUGAUUUAAAGAAAAGGAACGCAGCAACAAAAUAGAUUUUCCUUUCUCGAGAGAUAGACAGAGCUAGAGAGUUGUUUAACCUCACAGAUGUCUUUUUUCCUUGUUGUUUAUUCUUUUUAUAUUGCGCGCGCGCGCGCAAAUUAAGCGGAUGUUAUCGACGACGAUUUGUACAAUACACUUUUUUACAGCAGAUAGAUAUUUAUAUACGUCUACACGUGUAAAUUUGCGAAAUAGCCAGAUAAAGCCAAUAGUAUAUUAUACGCGACGACAAAUGGAGCAAAUUCGAUGUGCACACACACAAACACACACACACUCACAAGCAAACUUGAGAAGAAGCAGGUGAUAUAAAGUUUAAUGACGAGAAAUAGAUAGGCCGCGGAAUACACAAAUCAUACAAUAUAUUGCAAUAGAAAUAAAUAAAAACUGUACAAGGAAAAUGGAGAAGAGAGAACGCGAUGAAACCCCUUCGUAUACGAGAUGUAUUGCUCUUUGUUUGUAAAAUCAGGCGUGAACGUUGAGCGAACCACAAUUUGUUUCUUAUCUUACUAUAUCUUAUAUACCUUAAGAAGCGAAGGUGAUGCGAUUUUUUAAUUCUGUGCGUGAGAGUGCGACUGAUCAUAUUAUGCGAGCGAUGCUAGAUAGUUGUAUAAGGCGUGAUGAUUUAAUUGUAUAAAGAAAAGUGAUGGAGUGAUACGGGAACGUCUGCGACGACGAUAAGUCGACAAAUAAGAAGCGAAAAAAGUAACGACGCCGACGCGAUUUUAUUUUCCUUCACUGUGUUCCGUUGUUUUUCGAAAUUAAACCUCGCGAGGCCGACGAACGGCGAGUUGCCUCGGCGCGUCUUUCUUCGGCUUCGAUUUAAAAAAUAAGGACGGACUUUUGCGACGCUGACGCGACGGCGACGAGCGAAAAGAGAACGAAGCGAAAAACCGUACGAAAUUCUCCUGGCAAAUGAUUGUGUAGGAAAGAGUAAAGACGGAUGAUCAAACGACCCGCCACACAAUAGAAAAUAGUUUACAUGUAUAGGGAUAUGUUCGCGAGUCCCGACGCGCCGAUUGUGUACGAAUUAACCGACAGCUGUGAGUCUGCGAUUUCUCGACGGAUGCAUAUUCCCUCAAAAAAGAUUAAAACAAGGGAGAUUCGUCGAGAAUUCGCGAGAACACGAAAGGUGUGCAUCUGGGCUGUAAACUCUGUUAUACUUCGACCGCGUGGGCACUCGCGAAGUGGAUGAGCAACAUCAAUAUAUCAAAGUCGAGCUUCGCUCGUGCUCGCGCGUGUUGUUCGUUUGUUAUUAAUUCCCGAAAUCUGUUAGUUUUUGCCCGACAUAAUUAGCGUUAAAUAGAAAUGAAUAGUAGAAUUGCCGUUGUGUUUUCUUUUUCUUUGUAUACUGGUUCACACAGCAUAUUUUUGAUUAAUCAAAACAAACAUGGGUUGGAAAGAAAUCGGAAAAAUCGAUGUCCGGAUAGUAGGAGAUAACGCCGUCUUCGGAUGACAUUCUGCGAUUUGGCAUACGCGUCUUUUAUUUUUGCAUGCAGGGAUCUAAAAUGGAACGAAAGGCAAGAUUGGAUAAAAAAAAAACACGACAAAUCGCUCUCGCGCCGCGCAAAUGCAUUGGAUUUCGGAUCUUUCAAUUUUUUUACAAGAAGAAAAAAAAAUCGAAAGUUUGCAGUUUACGGUACAUAUUUAAUAUUAAGCUAAUAUUUCGUAUUUUAUAAGGAUUGGAUGGAUUUUGCGUUGGGCUAGAAAAAUUAUACGCGCGCAACGCGCGAGAGCAUUUGCACAAAAUUUUAGAACCAUUAAUGAAAAAAAAAAAAGAAAAAAAUGUAAUCAAGGCGAAGAACAAUUCCUCACUGAAAUAAUUGUAAAAGGUUUUUCGAUGAUAAAAAGGUCGUCCACGAAAGAAAAUUUACUACUGUGUAACUAUUUAAAGUAAAGUCUAUUUGAAUGUAAACGCGUCAAGGCAUUAUUAAAAAAAAAGUACGGAAAAAGAAAUAUUAAGGAGAAGUGUCAAUCGAGCGGCAUAACAAUUAUUCUUUUCUCAUUAUGUAUUGUAAGCGGAAAAUAGAAGCUCGCGAUUUUUUUCUUCUUGAGAGGAAAUUCAUUCAACGAUAAGUGAGAAUUACACAUUUGUGUGUAACGUUAUUAUCGGAAAGAAAAGAGAACGGAAAUUCUUGGGUUGGGUUUAGUGUGUGCGUUCAAAAGAAAACGAGGGAACAGGUUUAAAAUAAAGUAAAAAUUAAAAGUAACUCGAGACGAUAGUGGAUGAACGAAACGCAAGAGAUGAUUUCACUUCAUUGAAGGGAGAGAGAGCCAGAAAAAAUCGUAAUGUCGCGUAGAGUAAUACGAAAGUUUAUGAGCGCAAAGUAGACGAAGACGAGGAGGAAGAAGGAGACUAUCGAAAGCAGAGAGAACGAACGGGAAUCACGAAAUCUGCGCUUUAUAGAAUUGUGUCGAAAUUUUAUUCUAACAUAUAAGCUUUUAGCUGCGCAAUCAUUUUCUUUUUUCUUUCGACACCCGCUUGUCGCUUAUCGAUCGGCUCAUUUCGAAUUUUCACACAGAUUUAAAGCGUUGAAAAGCAAAUUACUUUUUUGUUAUCGAUUUUUUAUUAUAAUGGUAGUAAUAAUAAUGAUUAUAGUGAUGAUAAUGAUGAUGACAUUCACGAGCAGCUCCAUCCAAUUUAUUGUGUCUUAUAUAUGAAGAUUCUUUUAAAUAGAGUGCUAUAUUAUAGAUUUUUUUCUUUUAAUACUUUUAUACUGUUUUUCCUCAUCGUUAUCGAUUUGAUGAUUUGUUUUGAGAUGUUUACGUUUGUGUGAAGGUUCUUGGAUUUUAGCAAGGCUCAUUGCGAUCGAUGCCUUUCGAAAGAUGUGUUUUCCUGUACUAGAAAUCGACGUCCAAAAGUGUCGAGCGAACGCGAAGAAAUUUGAACAGCAUCAGAGUAACAAAAGAAGUUAAUGUAAUCCUUCCCUUGAUUUUUCAGCCUUCUUCCUUUUCCUUUUCCGAAACUCUGACUUUCUCCCUCCAGGCACAUACUCGCAACCAAAAGGCAAAUCUGAAGCAGCAUUCAGCCGACACGUUCAAGGCCUGUAAUUGUUCUUAAUGACGCUACCACUUAAGAAACGUACGAGCUGUAUAUGCAUACAUUUGUAAACAAAAAAAAACUAACAAAACAAAACGGUGCGAGAUGGAAAAUUGCUUGAGCACAUGUACCUCGAUACAGAAGAAAAUCACAAUUUAACAGAGAAAACACACACGCGAAGGACUAUUAUGGAAAGCAAAUCGAUUUGUAAUGUUUUAUGUGUAACAUUCGAUUGAGGAUUGUAUGUAAUUGUAUAUGUACACUUUAUGUAUAUAUAUAUGAGUACGAUGCAGUCCGUGUGUUAAGAUACAUUCUCCUUUUUCUACCGUGACGAAAAAUAAAUUAUUCUAGUUAAUAAAAAAAAAA